CAGCCACGUGUACAUAGCAAAACUUGACCGUUUACGGUUUACCAAUUACUUUCAGUUUCUGGCAACAACAAUAACAGCAGCAGCUGAGAAUACAAUAAUAACCAAUUUGUGUAUACUCUGUCAACGUACUCUGUAAAUUACAACUCCAAUUUAUUAGGUUUUUAUUUACCUUCAUUUUUCUUUGACCGCUCGAUUAUGGCGGCUUCUACUACAGAGAUUAUCGAAGAUUCAGAUCAUGUAGAGCUGAUCGUCUGCGACGCAUCACCGUCAUCAUCUUCAUCAUCAGCUGAUGAUAGCGGCAACAAUGGCGGCUCUCCGUCUGACGAAAUUGUCCCUCUCUUGAAACCAGAAGACAAUCCUAAGAUCAAUAUCUUUUCCGUUUCUUACUCUCGUAGAAAACCUAGAGAGCAAGGGGCGAAAAGAUUACUUGAAACGGAUAGGUCUCCACUGACAGAAUGUAUGGUGUGGGUAUGGAGUGGAUCCAGAUUCUCUGGUAUAUUGUGCAUGGCUUUAUCUUCCACAAUCUACUUUCUCAUGGAAGUUCUGUCUGAUUCUUUUACUACUCGGUCGAUACCUUUGUUUGAGACUGCAUUUACAAGAUGUACAAUAGUAUUGAUAUUAUCAUAUUUGUGGUUGAGGAGAACUGGACAGCCAUUAUUUGGAGCAGCACAUGCUAAGAAAAUAUUAUUUUUGAGAGCCUUAACUGGAUAUCUGUCACUGCUGAGUUUCAUUUAUUGCAUUCAGAGGUUACCAUUUUCUCAGGCUAUUGUAUUAAAUUACACGACUCCAAUUGUGGCUUCAGUUGUGGCAAGAGUCAUGUUUCGUGAAAAGUUAAAAAUUGCAGAUAUCGGAGGUCUGGCUUGCAGUUUUUUUGGCGUGCUUUUCAUUUACAGGCAGAUACUUAGUACACAAGGGGUAUGGUUUAAAACUGGAGAAACAAACAUCACAUCUGCCAGAGGAAGCCACCAUGUAUAUGCAGUAUUGGUUGGUCUAUUCUCUUCGAUAACUGGUGGAAUCAGCUAUUGUCUUAUAAAGGCUGGAGCAAGGGCCUGUGAUCAACCUGUGUCCACUGUUUUCUCAUUUGGUUUACUCUCUAGCCCUGCUGCAGCAAUCUGUGCAUUGGCAUUUGAGGAAUUCGUGGUGCCAGAUUUCAGUUCAUGCUUGCUUAUGCUUGUACUUGGUGCUCUUGCCUUUUUAGUAGAGGUGCUAUUAGCUCGUGGGCUUCAGCUUGAGAAGACCAGCAAAGCUACAAAUGUACAGUACAUUGAGGCUGGCUUAUCAGAGUUAUGGGGAAUAGGUUCAUCAAAGAUAUCCUCAUCGUUUGGUGGACUUUUUGGAUGUUUACUUAUCAUCAUUUCAGUAAGUUGUACUAUCUAUAUUGGCCCAGACAAAGACGCCGAAUAAAUGAUACAAACACUUGUCCUAAGGGUGCUUAAAAUUGUUGUGGCAGUGUUUGGUUUUGUUCAUGUGCGGUGCGCCCUGUCAAAAAUUAUUAAUUUUUGGUUUUAUUGAAGUUAAAAUUAAUUUAA